CAGUCCCGGCUUCGCGCCCGCCCCGGCCGGUCAGUUGCGCGCGCCGCUCGUGGUGGAAGCACCGAUCUCUCCGUCAGCGCCGUGGCGCAGUGUUCCGCGGACCAACACGCGAGAGGCGACUAGCGCGGGCCAGCGAGGCCUCCUGUGGCAACGGCGAGCUGUGUGGCGUGCGAGUGCGAACGACGCAGGACAAGCAGCAGCGCGCGGAGACGGACGGGCCUGGCGCGGCCGGGCGCCCCGCGGCCGCCUGUAUGGGUCUGGUGUGUUCAGGAGGCCAGAAUCAGACCUAAAUACGUGAACGGUGCGAACAUCGGCAUCCCCAUGGUGUCGUGAUCAUCGGAGCGCCGCAAAGGCCGAGGACGGCACACGCAAAAUGCGACCGGUCGUCAUGACAGCAAUAGUGGUUUUGUUGGUGUCGGCUACGGUAGGCGGCGAGGACAGCGGAUCAUUGUCCCAGAUGGAGACUGCACUAUCCAGUCAGCGUUCCCGACCAACGCAUCGGCAGAGGCAUCGGCACGGGAGCAGCCACCUCAGGCACAGUCGCCGCCGGAGCCCACAGCUGCCUGUCUCUGCUCCGCUCCAGCUCCCCAGCGACCUCCAGGAGUCGGGCGAGCGCAUCGAGCUCGAGCACGGCCGUCGCCGCUACGCCGAGCCUUCGGGUGACUUCUCCGUCUGCUGCCCGGCGGUGGAGGAGCGCACCAGCCCCAAGGCGGGCACGCGGCGCGACGGCAGCCUGGCGCUGCUCUACGCCAGCGACGAGUUCAAGCAGGUGUUCUUUGAACGCUCGUGUGACACUCGGGGCCCGCAGCCGCUGCCGCGCCGCCGCCACCGGUGCGCGCAGGAGUACUCGUACUCGUACGCAGUACUGGACAUCAGUGGCAACAAAGUAUUGGACCUUAUCCGAAUACGGAGUGGGUGUCGGUGUGAGGUGAAACGCCGCUCAAACCGGCGCCGGAAGAAGCGGAGGCGAGACCGCAACAAGCGGGCAGAGAUCCGCCGCAAACGGCGACGCCAGCGAGGGUCGCAAUCUCAGACGAACGCUCGCAACGCGUCAUAGCUUUAUAAUAAUUAUGUGAUGGUGUUUGGCUGCAAGGCGUGUCUGACAUGUGAAUAACAAGUAUCUCGGCCACGUGAGUGAUUUCUGAGUGCCGACGGCGGCGGCUGGACACUGUAUGACGCUGUGGCUCGGCGCGCCAACUCAUGUUGAUGCGAGGUCUGAGCAAAUGGUUCCUAUGCGUGCUCUGUGCCACUGCCACUGCGGCAGUUGCUGUGCGCGCCGCGCCGGCGGCCGGCCGGCCGUCACCUCAGGGUGCGCGCUCGCGCCGACGCUGCUCCGGCGCCGGGGCUGCUAAGGCGUUGUGCCAUGCGCCGCCACGACGCUGGUGUAUCACCUACUCGGUGGUCUGCCUGGCCUCGACUGAAAACACUACAUGAUUUCCUCAUGA